GUCACUGUCAUUUAGCUGUCAGAUCAAACACGCAUGUUUAUCCGAAUAAAUAAUUGAUUUAAUAAGAAUUCAAGACUGGUUAUGACUUAAAAAUAACCACGAAAUAAUCAUUCAAAAGGAAAUUUUGAUUGUUAGCAAAGAUGUCUGAAAUUUUGAAGAAAGUGCGUGAAGUUGACCCAAAUAAUAGCGACGCAGUCAAAGAAGUACUGACUUCGUUUUUCCAAAACAUAGUUAAAUAUACUGAAGCUAAUUGCAAUAAAUGGUUGCGAUCGUUAGAGGAUGUACUUAGCCGGUUCCCCAGAUAUUGUUCCACUCAUAAGACUACUAUAGAAACACACCUCACACAUUUUAUAAAUAGCAGUAACUACUAUGAUGUCAUACAAGCAGCUAAAUGUGCCCAUGCUUUACAACAGGUAUCAUGGCCUCAAGAUAAAAGUGUCACAGCCAAGUCAGCAUGGCGGGAUCAGAUGACCCUCCUAUGUGAUGCAGCACAUUCCCUUAUUGAUGCUCUUUUCAUUCCCUCUGUUGAACUCUACCAGAAGGGAAGUAAAAAGAAUGAUACACAGAAGAAUUCAAGUUCACCGCUAACAGCAGCUUUGUCUAAAAUAAAUUCCACUGCUACAGCUGGGGCUACAAACAGACAAACCUUGUUGCAGACUAGACUUAGAAAUGUAUUUAUUUUUAUACAAGCUAUGAUUGUAGAAAUUUAUCCAGUUCCAAAGCCGAUUCAGCCACAGACUAUAUUAAAUGUAAUUGUCCGUUCACUGAGUGUUACCAGCGGCAAGAAAUCACAAGUCACGGAUGUUGGUUCACUUAAAAUUCAAGCGCUUAGAACACUAGAUGCACUGAAUGCUUGCUUAGGAGCAAAUCUGAUACCAUUUUCACCUUUAGUCUUCAGGAUAGUGAUGCAAACAUUUAGAUGGACUUCUGACAACCAAACUGAAGGCUCAAGACAAGUCCGCAGUCACACAUACAAAAGUCUAAGCAAUUGGCUAACCACACUGCACUCGCACCGGCUCUCGGGACACACUUGGGAAGAUGAAAUCACCACACAUAUCAUUGAUGAUAUCACACCAGUGAAGAAAACCGUAGAACUUACUAUGACUGGAGGGCAGCCUUUAAAAAAUCUAAGCAAAAAAGCUAGAAGAAAACUCCAGAAUCAAAUGUUAAAAGAAAGCACAAUAUCUACGCACAUUCCAGGAGAGAAGAAUAAAGUUGUAGAAUUUGAAGAAAUCAAAAAUGACAUUGCUAUGUCAGCUUUAGGAUGUGCGGAAAUCUUCUUGUCCGUUUGUGGGGUAUUUUUGAAGCCAACUACGCACAAGUUAUUCCAAGAACAUUUAGUCCGUGAAUGUUUUAAUGCUAGUACAUACUCGGAUGAAUAUGUACUAUCAUUGCUACGUACAUUAGAAGCUUCCAGAAAGACGACCCCUUCGACAGUACCUCCGCCAACACAGUACUGUCUGCAACUAUAUAGCACAUUGUCCAAUAACCAAUGUAUAGAAAUAGCUAGAUUCUGUUCGCAAGCAUUACUGGAUAUAAGGAUGCAUUUACAUUGUUCUCCGCCAUCACUCAACUUUGCACUAGAAUUGCCAAAAGAAAAGGAUCCAAUCGAAAAAUCAAGGGUUGUAUCAGAAAGAAACGUAGAGGCGUUGAAAAAACUCCUUGGAGACAGAAUGCCUGAUGAAGAAAAUAUUGAAGUGAUAACAAUUCACGAUGAACCAUCAAAGAAGAGACCACGCCUAGAUCAAGAUAAUAUAAGUAUUAGUAGUGAAUCUGUAUGUUCUGUUGAAAUAACUAAUGAUGGUAAAGAUAAAGAGGUAACAGAAGAAUUAGAAAUUGAAGGGAAUGAAGAAGAACUUGGUGAAGAAGUGACAAAUAAUGAUGAUGAAGAUGUGGACAUGCGAGCCGGUAAUUCUAUAGAAGAUGUGGAUGGAACUACAAAAGAAAUUGAAGAUCAAAUAGUUGAUUCAGCUGAAAAAAUAUCGGAAGAUGUUAAAGAAAUGGAAACUAAAGCAACAAGUAUAUAUGACGCAAAGACACAAUUAGAAACAAAUAUAUCAAAUGAUGACAUCGAUGAAGACAAUCAAACAUUGUCUAUGGAAGUAGCUUACGAUUUACCGACCGCAGUCGAUAAAGUGAGGGUUCUAGAUCAAAUGGAUGAUGAUAAUCUACCAAGCACUAAUGACACAGACGAUGUUCAAAUAACUUGCGGGCAAGUUAUCCUAACUUCACAAGAUAACGAAAUAGAAAAAACUAAGGAAAGUGACGAAGUUACAUUAGAUGUUAAUAAGGAUGAAGACGCCAAAAAAGUUAAUGAAUCCAACCAAACUUCUGAUGUUAUAACAAUUGAUGACACAGUAACAUCUAGUUACAAAGCAGUUACUGACGACGUAGUAACUAAUAACGCAGUAACAACUGAUGACAUACUAACGAAUGGGGUUGAAAAGACUAAUGGUAACGUCAAUGAAAUGAUAACCCAAGUUCCUGAUAGUAAUAUUACAGAUAAAUUAUCUAAACCUGAUGAUAUUUCCGUUGAUGACAUGAUGGCUGAUUUUGUAGAUGAAGUUAAUGAUCAAACUGCGGAAGCUUAAAGACAUCUGAUUCUUUAUUA